AUGGCAUCAAUACGUGUUUGUAUGUAUAUACUGUAACAUUAGGGACACUCGCACAAUCGAAUACAAGUCAUAUAUUAAAUUGGGGAUUUACAAAGACGAUACUGUCCAAAGACGAUAAACCCAAGAUGCAGAGAUGACAGGCUUGGAAAAUGAAAAUAUGGUUUUAAUCUUCAAAAAAAAAAAAAAAAAGGCAAGGAAAACACAAACCAGAAACCAUGAAACAGUGGUCGGGAUCCAGGGACUAGCUCUCAGCUUCCAAAAAAAAGGCAGUCCACAGCAUACAGCAAACAAUACUCCAGCACUCACUGGAGGGCAAGGCAGGUUUAAAUAAUGCCUCUGAUAAGUGCUCAGGCAGCAUGUGAGCGGGUGAACACUAAUCGGAAGCGGGUGGAAAUGAUAAGUAACCAUGGUAACUAAAACAAACAAUGGUGCACAAAAAACAGGAACCAAAGGAGUCUUAGAUUGAAAAUAAAAAACAUAAUCCAGACCACAGAUCAUGACAGAUACAUUGAUGGUGUUAAGAAAAGUGAGUAGGGGUCCCAUUGUCUAAUUUACAUAAUUGGUCAUGGCGCACGUUCCUGUGAUUAUCAAGGAGGCUUCACGUAAAGUGAGUUCAAGAAAAAAAACUGGAAAAAGUCCACAAACGAAUUCCAAGACUUGGUCAGCAUGCGCAUUGUUGAGCUUGUCGUGACCCCAGGGUGCAGAGAUAGACGGUGACGUGCGGGUAAAAGAGUUUGAUGAAACUGGUAUUAUCAAUCAAUGUCAAUGUUUAUUUAUAUAGCCCUAAAUCACAAAUGUCUCAAAGGACUGUACAAACCACUAUGACUACGACAUCCUCGGAAGAACCCACAUAAGGGCAAGGAAAACUCACACCCAGUGGGACGCCAGUGACAAUGAUGACUAUGAGAAACCUUGGAGAGGACCUCAAAUGUGGGCAACCCCCCCCCUCUAGGGGACCGAAAGCAAUGGAUGUUGAGCGGGUCUAACAUGAUACUGUGAAAGUUCAAUCCAUAGUUGCUCCAACACAGCCGCGAGAGUUCAGUUCAAAGCGGAUCCAAGACAGCAGCGAGAGUCCCGUCCAGAGGAAACCAUCCCAAGAUGUCCCCAACCGAUACACAGGCGAGCGGUCCAUCCUGGGUCCCGACGAGCGAUCCACCCUUAUAAUGAAAGGUAGCAAACAGCCAGUUACAAGACAAAAAGUGACACAAUACAAUCAUUUAGCGGUGGUAAGGAGCAACAGGUGAACCUAAAUAGAAUUGAUUAACCAAUAGAAAACAGGUGCGCUAGUGGGAAACUAAGCAGAGAGUGAAGGUGCAGCAAAACAAAGAGUCCUACAGGAAAUACAAUAAAAACAAGAGCGCCACGACAAAAAAUGGUCCCAAACACUUAAAAACUAAGAAGGAAGUCCAAACUGUCAUGUGGUAUCAUGACAAUAACAACAAUAAGGUACCAGGAGAGUGGAAAAACAAGUUGCCGCUAUUUUGAAGCUAUCCGAUUAAUUACACCAAAACACUUCCAAAGUUUGCGGGUAAAUUGAUAUGAUCAAAAUAGAAUCGAUCGCACGGAGAUUCCCGAGCCAUUUUAAGAGUUGAUGAGCAAGCCAGUCACUUGAUCUGUGACAUUGAGUUAGGAACCACAGAUCCCUUCCCCAUUAACAACAAUACAACAGAUCCAAGAUGGCGGCGCCCGGACGGGCUGCGUCCUCGCGGAGCUGCUGCUAAAGAUGAAACAUUUGGCAGAAAUACCGGACAAUUCCACAGACUUUAUGGCUGGCUCACAUCGUGGUCACUCCGUGAUCACGUACGACCGCCAGACACUUCUGGAUGUGGACAUAUCGGGCCGUUUUGGACUGAUAGACGCGUGCGUGCUAAACAUGCUAACUAGCAUGGGAAUACGUCGGCGGCUACAUCCAGCGGCCUGUGAAGCAGGGGAGUCUAGUAGCAGCGGGGGCCGUCUACAGAGCAGACGCCAGCGGUGUGAUCGGAAACGCGGAUGUCGAGCGGGGCUAAAAACAAAGCAGAAGGCUAAUCCCCACAGAACACCACUUCCCUCCAUCCUGCAGCCAGAUUUAAAUGGAAAAUGCGAGACUACUGGUCUGGGUAAGGAGUCUGUUAAAUUAGAACAAGUUUUUUCUGCUUUGAGUGUUUCAGAGUUGGACAUGUGUGUUACUGAGGUGGCUAACUAUGAUGCGUGCAGUUUAUCAAAGCAACAAACAAACAAUCGGAAAAUGCCCGUUACUGAGGUGGCUAACCAUGAUGCGUGCAGUUUAUCAAAGCAACAAACAAACAAUCGGAAAAUUCCUGUCGUAUCAAUUCCUAGAUAUGGUCGUAACUAUACUAAAUGCACUGGGCAUAAUAAACACAACAUUAUUAAUAUUGCUACUACGGAUAAUUUGAUCAAAAACUCCCUAAAACAGCCCACUACCUAUAAUAUAGUUUUUUUAAACAUAAGAUCAUUGUCUCCCAAAACGUUAUUAGUUAAUGAUAUUAUCAGAGACAACAAUCUUAACGUCAUCGGUCUCAGCGAAACCUGGCUUAAACCAAACGACUUUUUUGCGCUAAAUGAGGCAUGUCCUCCUAACUUUACACAUGCGCAUAUUGCCCGUCCGCUUAAAAGGGGUGGGGGGGUCGCACUAAUAUACAACGAAAACUUUAACCUUAGUCCUAACAUAAAUAAUAAAUAUAAAUCGUUUGAGGUGCUUACUAUGAAGUCUGUCACACCGCUGCCUCUACACCUGGCUGUUAUCUACCGCCCCCCAGGGCCCUAUUCGGACUUUAUCAAUGAAUUCUCAGAGUUCGUUGCUGAUCUAGUGACACACGCCGAUAAUAUAAUCAUAAUGGGGGACUUUAAUGUCCAUAUGAAUACCCCAUCGGACCCACCGUGCAUAGCGCUCCAGACUGUAAUUGAUAGCUGUGGUCUCACACAAAUAAUAAAUGAACCCACGCAUCGCAACGGUAAUACGAUAGACCUAGUGCUUGUCAGGGGUAUCACCGUCUCCAAAGUUACGAUAGUCCCGUAUACUAAAAGUAUUGUCCGAUCAUUACCUUAUAAAAUUCGAGGUUCAGACGCAUGUUCGUCAAACUAAUAAUAAUAAUAACUGCUAUAGCAGCCGCAACAUUAAUACGGCCACAACGACAACUCUUGCUGACCUACUGCCCUCGGUUAUGGCACCAUUCCCAAAGUAUG